UAUAGCGCGUCACGCAGUUUUUAUAUUGCAUUAUAUACUUUUAAACAAUGUUAGGUUUACAGGAAGGAGCUGUCUAUAGCUCCCAUGGUGGGCUUGCUGGCACCGACGAGGUGUUGAAUAUUCCAUCUAGCCUUCCUAGUUUACAGAACGUGUACACCUAUUUCAGUAUAUUCUUGAACUCAUACUCUGCCGAUUCUAUGCAGCAGGGUAAGCUUAAGCGUAUGUUAUUGGAGAAUAUCAAGAAUAACCAGUAUUUGCUUGAGGUUAAGCUGGAUGACCUAUUCCAAUUUCAGAAUAUCGUCGAACACAACCCUAAUCGCGAUGAAGAUUCAAUUGCUCAUCGUCUUAAGAAUUUACAGAUGAAUAAUAAGGAAGGGGCGAUAGCCGAAGUCGAUUUCGCUAAUGCUCUUCCUGCUUCUUAUGCUGGUGACUUAGUACGAGUACUUACUGAGAGACCCUUGAUAUAUUUAUCUACUAUUGAAAGGGCAUGUUUCGAUGUUUGCAAGUUACAUCACAAGUUUGAUGAAGUGGACGAGUCAUUUAAUUUCAUUCAGAUUAACCUACUUAAUACCUUUUGCAGGCCUACUCCCAUUAGGGCUUUAUUGGCAGCAAAACAAGAACGUUUCGUAGUCGUACCUGGUAUUGUAGUUCAGGCGUACCGCCCUCAACAUAAAAUGAAGAUUAUGACUAUUCAAUGCCGUUACUGUGAGCACAAAAUGAAGCUUGAUGUGCCACUUUGGAUAUCUAAACCUCAGAUUCCUCGUACAUGUCGUUAUGCGGCCACAUUGAAAGCUACUGGUAGUGAAACUGCUAACAUGGAGAACCAGCUUGGUUGUUUUAAUGCACAUAACCCUUAUGUGGUCCUCCCGAAUGAGUGCCAAUUCGUUGACGUCCAGACAUUAAAGCUUCAGGAAUUGGCUGAGGAUGUGCCAACUGGCGAUAUGCCACGUCAUUUACAAUUGAAUGUGACAAGGUAUCUCUGUGAUAAGAUGAUUCCUGGUGACCGUGUUAUGGUUCAUGGCGUUUUGACCAAUUACAAUGUGAAUGCUAGAGGAAAUGAUUCUACUGCUAUUGGCAGUUCAUAUUUACAUGUUCUAGGUAUAGAGAAGCUAACUCAAGGCAAGGGAGAAGCGAUUUCAUUUGACCUUGAAGAGACUAAUGACUUGGUGCUAUUGGCUACCCAACCUGAUAUACACGACAAGAUAUUCCGAUCAAUAGCACCAGCAAUCUAUGGAAUGGAAAACGUGAAAAAAGCAGUUGCUUGUGCAUUGUUUGGUGGUAGUCGGAAGGAAGUUGGUAAGGACAACCGCGUUCGUGGUGAUAUUAACAUUCUAAUGUUAGGUGACCCUUCGGUCGCCAAGUCACAAAUUUUAAAGUUUGUUGACCACGUUGCACCAAUAUCGGUAUAUACAUCAGGCAAAGGUAGCAGUGCAGCCGGUUUAACUGCUGCAGUUGUUCGUGACAAAAUGGGCGUUUUUUCGUUAGAAGGCGGUGCCAUGGUUCUGGCCGAUGGUGGUGUGGUAUGCAUUGAUGAAUUCGACAAAAUGCGUGAAGAUGAUGCUGUUGCUAUCCACGAAGCUAUGGAACAACAGACUAUAUCAAUAUCUAAGGCCGGUAUUACUACUAUGCUGAAUACUCGUUGUGCUGUAAUAGCAGCAGCGAAUCCAACAUUUGGUUCUUAUUCAGACGAUACCGACACUUCCGAGCAGCAUGAGUUCAAGACUACUAUUCUGUCACGUUUUGAUUUAAUAUUCCUAUUACGUGAUAAAGAGAAUGUACGAAGGGACAGUACAUUAUGCAAACACAUUUUAUCUCUUCACGCCAAUCAAAGUCAGACGGAAAUCUGCCCUAUUCCAAUGAUGAAACUCAGGAGGUUGAUUCAGUAUGCUAAGCAAGCCGUUUCACCUAUGCUUAGCAGCGACGCUAAAGAUACACUUCGUAAUUUUUAUGUACAAAAGCGUAGGGAAUACCGUGAGGACAAACGUAAUGCUACCAAAAAGAUACCAAUAACAUUGCGUCAACUGGAGUCAUUGGUUAGGAUUGCUGAAAGUUUUGCCCGUAUGGAGCUGUCGCCCAUAUCAACGGAAAAGCAUAUACAAAUGGCAAUCGAGUUGUUCAUGGUUGCCACUGGCGAGACCAUGAAACAGAGCUUGGCAGUUGAAGUAAUGAGCCAGCAUGAGCAACUAAUGGUUAAACAAGUGGAAGAUUACAUACUUCACCGUCUUCCAAACGGACAUAGGUUAUCCCGACGAUACUUAAUUCGCGACCUAGAGAAUCGUGGAUUUGCUCUUCAAUACAUUUCAAAGGCACUUGCCAUUCUCAUCAAACGAGGUACUAUUCAAGAACGUGGCGAUCUGUCGCUUCGUAGAGUCAUGGCUUGAAACUGCCAAAAUAAAAACUAUCG